GCGCGCUCCCGCAAUCUCCCCCCCACACACACACACACACACAUACACACACACACACGUACACACACAGGGUCCAAACGCACCCCGGAAAACAGCCGAUGUCAUGGACCGGACGGGCCACGGCGGAUAACGGACACCCUCCUCUCGACCUGCAGGCCUUUAGGACAUUCUUCCCCUUUGCAUCUCUAGUCUGUCUCUCUGGUUGGUUUCUCCACCGCUCUGUUGGCCUGGGGAUGAACGCACCAAUGAGGAGCCUCACAAUCCACUCUCUGUAUAGCACGGCGAGCCCCAGCAUGCUGAAGAGGAAACAGAGCUCACGGGUGGAGGCCCAGCCCAUGACCGACUUUGGGCCGGACGAGACCCUCGCAGACAGCGCCGACAUCUUCUGGAUCAACAAACCAUGGGUGCACACUCUGCUGCGGGCCUGCGCCAUCAUCAGCGUCAUCUCCGUGUGUAUGAACACCCCCAAGACGUUCGAGCAUUACCCUCCGCUGCAGUACGUGACCUUCACGCUGGACACGCUGCUCAUGUUCCUCUACACCGCCGAGAUGAUCGCCAAGAUGCACAUCAGAGGCAUCAUCAAGGGGGACAACUCCUAUGUGAAGGAUCGCUGGUGCAUGUUUGAUGGAUUCAUGGUGUUUUUCAUCUGGGUGUCCCUGGUGCUGCAGGUGUUUGAGAUAGCGGACCUGGUGGAUCAGAUGUCUCCCUGGGGGAUGUUGAGGAUCCCCCGAGCGCUCAUUAUGAUCCGGGCCUUCCGGAUUUACUUCCGCUUCGAGCUCCCUCGCUCCCGCAUCACCAACAUCCUGAAGCGAUCCGGGGAACAGAUCUGGAGCGUCUCCAUCUUCCUGCUGUUUUUCCUCCUGCUGUACGGAAUCCUGGGCGUUCAGAUGUUCGGAACGUUCAACCAUCACUGCGUCACUAAUGAAACGCAGAAGGGCAAUGUGACAUGGAACAGCUUGGCCAUCCCAGACACCCAUUGUUCCCCUGAUGGGGAGGGCUACCAGUGCCCCCACGGCUUCAAAUGCAUGGACCUGGAGGAGCUGGGCCUCAGCCGACAGGAGCUCGGCUAUAGUGGCUUCAAUGAACUGGGUACCAGCAUCUUCACCGUGUAUGAGGCGGCAUCGCAGGAGGGUUGGGUGUUCCUCAUGUACAGAGCCAUCGACAGUUUCCCUCGCUGGCGCUCCUACUUCUACUUCAUAACCCUCAUUUUCUUCCUGGCAUGGCUGGUCAAGAACGUGUUCAUCGCAGUCAUCAUCGAGACCUUUGCCGAGAUAAGGGUGCAAUUUCAGCAGAUGUGGGGGUCAAGGAGCAGUACCACCUCCACCGCUACAACACAGAUGUUCCACGAGGACGCUGCUGGGGGGUGGCAGCUCGUCGCCGUGGACGUCAACAAACCACAUGGCCGCGCACCCGCCUGCCUCCAGCAACUGAUGCGGUCCUCCGUGUUCCACAUGUUCAUCCUGAGCAUGGUCGCCGUGGACGUCAUUGUUGCCGCUAGCAACUAUUAUAAAGGCGAGAACUACCGCAGGCACUAUGACGAGUUUUACCUGGCAGAGGUCGCCUUCACUGUGCUGUUCGACCUGGAGGCUCUUCUGAAAAUCUGGUGUCUGGGCUUCAGCGGCUACAUCAGCUCCUCGCUGCACAAGUUUGAAUCCCUGUUGGUGGUGGGCACCACCUUGCACAUCUACCCCGACCUCUACCACUCUCAGUUCACCUACUUUCAGGUGCUGCGUGUCGUGCGUUUGAUCAAGAUCUCCCCGGCUCUGGAGGACUUUGUGUACAAGAUAUUCGGCCCCGGUAAAAAACUCGGUAGCCUGGUGGUGUUCACCGCCAGCCUCCUCAUCGUCAUGUCGGCCAUCAGCCUGCAGAUGUUCUGCUUCGUAGAGGAGCUGGACCGCUUCACCACGUUCCCCAGGGCUUUCAUGUCCAUGUUCCAGAUCCUAACCCAGGAGGGCUGGGUUGAUGUCAUGGACCAGACUCUGGUGGCUGUCGGUCACAUGUGGGCUCCCGUAGUGGCCAUUUACUUCAUCCUCUACCAUCUGUUCGCAACGCUGAUUUUGCUCAGUCUUUUUGUGGCUGUCAUCUUGGACAAUCUGGAGUUGGAUGAAGACUUAAAGAAACUCAAACAGCUCAAGCAAAGCGAGGCCAACGCUGACACCAAAGAGAAGCUCCCUCUGCGACUCCGGAUUUUCGAGAAGUUCCCCAACAGACCUCAGAUGGUGAAGAUCUCCAAGCUCCCGUCGGAUUUCACCGUGCCCAGGAUCAGGGAGAGUUUUAUGAAGCAGUUCAUUGAUCGUCAGCAGCAGGACACCAGUUGUUUGUUUCGCCGUCUCCCCUCCGCAUCCUCGUCCUCCUGUGACCACUCCAAACGCUCAGCCAUCGAGGACAACAAGUAUAUCGACCAAAAGCUCCGCAGGUCAAUAUUUAGCAUCCGAGCUCGUAACCUCCUGGAGAAAGAGAACACUAUCAAUAAAAUCCUGAGGGCUUGUACCACGCAGCGUAUGCUAAGCGGAUCCUUCGAGGGCCAGCCCGCCAAAGAGCGCUCCAUCCUCAGUGUGCAGCAUCACAUCCGCCAGGAGCGCAGAUCUCUGAGACAUGGGUCCACCAGUCAGAGGAUCAGCCGGGGGAAGUCGCUCGAGACGCUCACCCAGGAUCAUUCUAGUACGGUGCGCUACCGUAAUGCGCAGAGGGAGGACAGUGAGAUCAAGAUGAUCCAGGAGAAGAAAGAACAAGCAGAGAUGAAACGGAAAGUGCAGGAGGAGGAACUGAGGGAGAACCAUCCGUACUUUGACAAGCCUCUCUUCAUUGUGGGAAGGGAGCACCGCUUCAGGAACUUCUGCAGGAUGAUUGUUCGGGCUCGUUUUAAUGCAUCUAAAACUGAUCCCAUAACAGGAGCAGUGAAGAACACCAAAUACCACCAGCUGUACGAUCUUCUGGGCCUCGUCACCUACCUGGACUGGGUCAUGAUCGUGGUGACCAUCUGCUCGUGUAUCUCCAUGAUGUUUGAAUCGCCCUUCACCAGGGUCAUGCAUGCCCCCACGCUGCAGAUCGGGGAGUACGUGUUUGUGAUCUUCAUGAGCAUCGAGCUCAACCUGAAGAUCAUGGCCGACGGCCUGUUCUUCACCCCCACCGCCGUCAUCAGAGACUUCGGAGGAGUCAUGGACAUCUUCAUCUAUCUCGUGAGUCUGAUCUUCCUGUGCUGGCUGCCUCCUGACGUCCCUCCUGAGUCUGGGGCUCAGCUGCUGAUGAUGCUGCGCUCCCUGCGGCCGCUCAGGAUCUUCAAGCUGGUACCCCAGAUGAGGAAGGUGGUGCGGGAGGUCCUCAAAGGGUUCAAGGAGAUAUUCCUGGUUUCCAUUCUGCUCCUCACACUGAUGCUGGUGUUCGCAAGCUUCGGAGUUCAGCUGUUUGCCGGAAAGCUUGCCAAGUGCAACGACCCCCAUAUCCUCAAACGGGACGACUGCCACGGUAUAUUCCGAAUAAAUGUCAGCGUUUCCAAAAACCUCAACUUGAAGUUGAAGCCAGGAGAGAAGAAACCUGGAUUCUGGGUACCGAGAGUCUGGGCCAACCCUCGUAAUUUCAACUUUGACAAUGUGGGAAACGCCAUGCUGGCUCUGUUUGAAGUGCUGUCCCUGAAAGGCUGGGUGGAGGUCCGAGAUGUCAUUAUUCACCGCGUGGGACCGAUCCACGGCAUCUACAUCCACGUCUUUGUGUUUCUGGGAUGCAUGAUUGGACUCACUCUGUUUGUGGGUGUCGUCAUUGCAAACUUCAAUGAGAACAAGGGCACGGCUCUCCUCACGGUGGACCAGAGGAGAUGGGAGGACCUGAAGAGCAGACUGAAAAUAGCCCAACCUCUGCACCUGCCCCCUCGCCCAGAAAACGGGGGCUUCCGGGCCAAGAUGUAUGACAUCACUCAACACCCCUUCUUCAAACGGGGCAUUGCAGUACUCGUGCUCGCACAGUCGGUGCUGCUCUCAGUCAAGUGGGAUGUGGACGAUCAGGUGACGUUUCCUCUUGCCACCAUGUCGGUUGUCUUCACUUUCAUAUUUGUACUCGAGGUGACCAUGAAGCUCAUAGCCAUGUCUCCCGCGGGCUACUGGCAGAGCAGGCGGAACCGCUACGACCUGCUGGUCACGUCGUUGGGCGUCAUCUGGAUCGUCCUGCACUUCUCUUUACUGAAUGCAUAUACCUACAUGAUGGGCACAUGUGUGAUUGUCUUCAGAUUCUUCACGAUAUGUGGGAAGCAUGUGACUCUGAAGAUGCUGCUGCUGACCGUGGUGGUCAGCAUGUACAAGAGCUUCUUCAUCAUCGUGGGCAUGUUCCUCCUCCUCCUCUGCUACGCAUUUGCCGGUGUAGUUCUCUUCGGAACCGUCAAGUACGGAGAGAACAUCAACCGGCACGCCAACUUCUCCACAGCGGGCAAGGCUAUCACCGUUCUGUUCCGCAUCGUCACGGGGGAGGAUUGGAAUAAGAUCAUGCACGACUGCAUGGUUCAGGCCCCAUUCUGCACCCCGGAUAAACAUCGCUACUGGGAGACCGACUGCGGCAACUAUGCCGGGGCGCUUAUCUACUUCUGCUCCUUCUAUGUGAUCAUAGCCUACAUCAUGCUCAACCUACUCGUGGCCAUCAUCGUGGAGAACUUUUCUCUGUUCUACUCCACCGAGGAGGACCAACUGCUGAGCUAUAAUGACCUGAGGCACUUCCAGAUCAUCUGGAACAUGGUGGAUGACAAACGGGAGGGGGUGAUACCCACGUCCAGGGUGAAGUUCCUGCUUCGUCUGCUCCGGGGCAGGCUGGAGGUGGACCUGGACAAGGACAAGUUGCUCUUUAAACACAUGUGCUACGAGAUGGAGCGACUGCACAGUGGAGGCGAUGUGACCUUCCAUGACGUCCUCAGCAUGCUGUCAUAUCGCUCCGUGGACAUUAGGAAGUCUCUCCAGCUGGAGGAGCUGUUGGCCAGAGAACAGUUGGAGUACACCAUUGAAGAAGAGGUUGCCAAACAAACCAUACGCAUGUGGCUCAAGAAAUGCCUCAAACGCAUCCGGGCGAAGCAGCAGCAGUCUUGCAGCAUCAUCCACAGCCUGAGAGAGAGCCAGCAGCAGGAGCUGAGCCGCUUCCUCAACCCCCCCAGCAUAGAGACCACCUUGCCGAGCGAGGACCACAACAUUAACAACCCAAACAACCCCUCGCAGCCUGAGAUGAGCGGCCUCCAGCAGCUUCUGAGCCCCACGCUGUCAGACAGAGGAGGGUACAGGCAGGACUCCUCGGACCUGGGGAGGCCGCAGAGGAAGCUGGGACAGUGGCGACUGCCUGCAGGUCGCACCAGUGUGAAGUCCAUAGUGUGCAAGAUGAACCCCGUCAACAACGAGGCUUCCUCGGGAUCGGAGGUGAAGAAGUGGUGGACCCGUCAGCUGACGGUGGAGAGCGACGAGAGCGGCGACGACCUCAUCGACAUUUAGACCCCCGGGGUGGUUUUUUUUCUCAAAGACGAGCCGGCGGAGGUUCUGCUCGGUGGGAAACAAUGCGUGGUUAAAGUCUCUUUUCAUGCAGGUUCACAGCUGCAGCGUCUGCACGCUGGUGACUGACGGGACAUCCUUUGGGAAGCCAUCGUGACAUUGCAGUGGUGAUCUUGCACCUCUGGGAUAGGUUUUACUUUUCCUCUGUGAUUUCCACUCAUUGUGAUUGCUGAGUUUUUCUAUGCAGGCACAUUUACGGUGUAAAUUCAGACUGCGGCACGAAGAACAAGUUCCAUUCACGACACAAACCGAGACGCUGCUGCUCUUUGUUUUUCCCUCUGAGGUUUCACAUCCACUUUUGAAAGCUGUAAUUGUGUUUGUUGUCUCUACAACAAUGUGUCCUUUCCUGCCUCAUCUCUGUUCUCCUGUUUUAGUCCAUGUUUGUGAUAAUGUAUCUUCUGUAUUAAUCAUUUGAAUAUGGAUGUUCUUCUUCUAGUCACUUUAUACCUAUAAACACGGCCUCUUGUCAGUAGAACAAGAGAAUUAAAGCAACUUUUAGAUUGAUGACUGAUUGUAAUUCAAGUUAAAAUCUAUCUAAUGUAUUUGUGGGGCGAUAAAACAUGAUGUAUUUUAUAAAUUAUUAUAAAUGCUAAGCUUUAUUGAAUAUUCAAUUAUUAUAAUAAAGGCCUUCACGGGCAUAUAUGAAGAAAAUGUA